CUGUCUGCCAGGUUGAGAGGGGGAUGUGAAAGUGAGAAAUUUAACAAGGUAACCAGGAAACAGGAGCGACAUCCAAUCCGAUGGAGCUUCAGAAGCCGUAACUGUAUUUUAUGAGAGAGAAGACUUUUUGAUACAAGUUAAGAGCAUCACAGCGACUCGUCUUUGCAGUGAAAGGUUGUCGGUGGACGGUACAAUGAGAGAAGAGGUGUCCUGCACCAAUUCCCCUGAAGGAGGUCUGGGGGCCAGUGAAGAGGAACUGGAAAGAGGAUCGAAGAAGACCCUCCAAGCGGGAAAUCGAAAACGCUCCCCCUACCCUAAGAAGGACAGCCUCGGUCAGGCGGAGGAGAGCAGCACCGGCAGCCCCAACAGCCUGCUGCCAUCCGGGCCAAAGAAGGUGAAGAAGAGCCCUUCCACUGUUGUGUCAUUGGCUCCAACAUCGCUGGGCCCCAGGCUGGAACAGCCCUUCGAGGACCUCCACUCUCAACGCGUCAUUGCCAACGUGCGGGAGCGUCAACGCACUCAGUCGCUGAACGAUGCCUUCGCAUCUCUACGCAAAAUCAUCCCCACGCUACCUUCAGACAAGCUGAGCAAGAUUCAGAUCCUUAAGCUGGCCUCGCGCUACAUCGACUUCCUCUACCAGGUGCUGCAGAGCGACGAGAUGGACGCCAAGCUGGCCAGCUGCAACUACCUGGCCCACGAAAGACUGAGCUACGCCUUUUCUGUCUGGAGGAUGGAGGGAGCCUGGGCCAUGUCCACCAGCCACUAGGAUCCCAUUCUGUCCUAAACCCUCUCGUGUCCACAUCUCCACCCCACCGCCUGUGUCUGUGUUUGCAUCCGUUUCCUGACCUUUGAAUUUUUCUCCUCCCGGUUUGAUCUCAGCCUUUUCAACUCAAAACCUUUGCAUACACUCCUGCUCCAUAAAGGUUCCCUCCACCUCUUCAAGUUGCCCUCCAUUGUUUCCACCUCCACAUGCUCUCCCCUGUCUGUCCUACAGUUUAGUCCAGUGCAACAAGACGCUCCACUGCAGCCACUCAGAAAACCAGCAAAUGGAAAAUUCUCUAAACUCGAAGAAGAAAGUUCCCACCUCACCAGACAAUCCCCAUUUUUUAAAUCUUUUUAAAAAAAACCUUUUUUUUCUCUUACUCUGGACACGUGCUCGACUCAUGACACUGAGAUGAGAUUCCUGCAGCUUGACUCUUACAGCUCUGUGUUUCUGAAACACCGCUGAGGAGACGUGACAGUCAAGCGCUGAACAUUUUAAAUGAUGAAAACAAGGAAAAAAACAAACAGCUGGCCUGCGUUGACAAUGAAACAAAAUGGCUGCUGGUUCGAGUGCCUUUGGUAACACCGUGAUAACCAUCAUCCCCCCGACUCUUUCCCUUCGGAUGACUCACUGCCAGACAGACAUUAAGAUGACUAAUGAUAAUGGCACAGUGAUGGUUAGAGGGCGGUCACAGCCAAUGAAUGUUUACAGCUAAAAUGCUAAUAAGCUAAUCGCUCUGGCUCUCAAGGCCCCGUUUUGUGGGAAAAAGAGGAGCAUGAGGAAUCUGACGCAGAUCUUCUACUCUGUUUUGCUGUAGUAACUGGAUCGCUUUCUGUGUAUUUUGGGGGUUUUAAAGUGUAUCUGUUUGUGAAUUUGGUGUACGCACACUGUAUUACUUUAACUCUGCUCAUGCAUUACUCAAGGCUUUGAUGAAAAAUGCCCAUGGGAAAAUGUCUUAAACCACUGAUCACAGUUCAGCCACUAUUCCACUUCUGUUUUUUCUCACUUCAGCUUCUCUGUUUUUAGUGAGCGUUGCAGAAAGUUGUAUUUUAAAAUGCAAUCUUAUUAAUCUUUUCCCAGCCGCUUUAAGAAAUAUCUUUGCAAACUUGCUGUGAGCAUCUUCACUGAAUAAUGCAGAAAAUAAAAGCAGAAAGCUUCUUGUAAGUGAUGAAGUGAUUCCAGUCAUAAUAUAGAGGAUUCAUUUGAAACCCAUAAGUAGUCUAAUUGCUGUUUCAUAAUGUUUGUGUUGUUUGCAUUAUUGCUUUUUUUAAUAUUCUUUAUCGUGUCAGCUCCUGUGGACAAUAAAACUUCUCUUGGUGCUGUGUAUGAGUGAAA